AUGAGCAAUGAAUCUGGAAAUUCGAGUGGAGCCAGUAGCGCGCGAGCAAGAGGUCGCGCUGUUGGUGUGCCGAAGAGAUGUUGGUGUGGAGAAUUGGUUGUCUCCUUGAUGUCAAAGUCGACCGCAAAUCCUUACAGAAGAUACUUCUGGUGUGCUUUUGCGGCAGAGAAAAGGCUGAGUAAUGAUAAUCACACUUAUAAAUGGGUUGAUGAGGCGUUGUUGGAUGAGGUUGAAGCAUUGUCAUUUAGGAUAGGGAAACUUGAACAAACAAAUCUUGCUGAGCGUGGUGAAGAAGAGAAGAAGUUGAAGAGCUUGAAUUGA